UAAAUUAAACGUUGUAACAUAGUUUUUGAGACUUUUGGUAUUGUCAGCUUGUUAAUAAAAAUGCCUGGCGUACUUUUACCUAAUUUUCAAGAAAAGAAUGAGAAGCAUUUGUUUGAUCAAUAUGGGUCAUCCAUGGUUGAGUCUAAUAUUAAGCUUCUUAAAACCGAAGCAGAAAAGAUUCGGAUCUGGAAUCUCCAGGGUGAUCUGAGGCGACAAGAGCUGGAACGUGCAGUCCAUGAUCUGACUAUUACUGUGGAGUCGCAAAGAAAAUCCCUACUUGAGGUGCAGAUGGAAGGUGAAGCUGUCAGUACAAAAAUGCACGAAGAAAUUGGAAAACGUAGCAUUUGUCUUCAGAAAAUUGAUUCAACAAGAGAGCUGUGUAACUUGCUAAAAAGUCAGGUCUACGAUUUGAGUGAUACUCUAAAGUUAUGUGAAGGGUAUAAGGAAAUGAUUGCGUCCGAAAGUAUGGAAACCAAAAUGGCUAUCAAUGAGUUGUCGGUUGAUUUUAAAAACCUAUUUCACACUUGCGAAAAGCGAAGUUCCGUGCAUGAGAAAAAGCUGGUUCAGGCUCAGGAGAAUGUGAACAAAUUGACUGCUACUCAUGCACAAGAAUUGGAAGAGAUAAAAGCAAAAUUAGAAGAGUGCAAAGAACUGCGUAGUAGAUAUCAACUGGAAAGUUCGGUGCUUGCUGAAAAACUUGCAGAGGAACAGGAAGUUAUGAUAAAGCAGGGAUCAGAGUAUAGGGAGAAGAUUGCAAGCUGUGAGAAACAGAUCAAUGCCAAUGAGUUACAUAUGCAGAUGCUGCAAAAAGAGUGCAAUGAAACAAAAGUUUUGCUGGAGGAAAAGAAAAACAAGUUAAAGGAGGUAGAAGAAUCGUUGGAGACUCAGGAAGGAGCAUUACUUGAUUUAAAAGAGAAACUUGGAAGUGAACAAGCAAAAUCAGAGCAAUUGCAUGCAUCAAGCAAUAAUGAAAUAAAUAAGCUGGAAAAGUUAGUUGAACAGAAAAGUAUUGAUUUAAAAAUUUCGGGUGAUAACUUGGAAGCUGCUAUGAAAGAAAAGAAUGAUACUGAGAAAGAGUUCAAGGCCAAACUUAGGGAAAUGCAGCAGCAGCAUAAGGUUGAGGUAAAGGAGCUGAAGGCUUUGAAUAAAAAGGGUAGUGCGGAGAUUUUGGAGCAAAUGGAUGAACAGCAAAGUAAAAUGUCUGAAUUGAGGUCAAAUUUGGAGAAAAGGGUUAAAGAGCUUCUACAGCAGUUGAAGGAAUUAAAAUCAGUGAAAAAACAAGAAGUAGGUAAGCUGAAUGCACAGGUUAAAUUGAAGGAACAGGAGAUAGAGAAACUACAGAAAGAUGCUAAAGUAUCGAUGGAAAACUUAGUUAAGGACAAACAAGCUGAACUGGAGACUGUUCAAAAAGCAUUGGAGCAAAGACAGGUCAGUUUAGAGAAUUUACAAAAGCAAUAUGAUGAUCUUACGAAAAAUCAAGCUGAUGAUACAGAUAAAAUGCUUUCAAUGAAACAACAGAACCUUAGCUUGACUAAAACUCUUAAAGAGUUUGAACUGGAAAAAGAGAGGUACGGUAACGAAUGUGGAGCGUUGAAACUGGAAGUGGAAACAGGAGCAAGAAAAAUUUCUGAACUUGAAAAAGAUAGAAGCAAGCUGCAAAAAAUGUUAGAUGAUAAAAAUUCUACAAGUACCAGUAAUGAGAAGAAUUUAGAAAACAACUUAACUACAGUAAACAAAGAACUGGCUGAACUGAAAAUCUCGAAUCAGAGUCAGGAAAAUGAAAUUUGUCGGUUGAAAUCGCUGCUUCAAAAAAAAGAAAGUGUUAUUGUUUCCGCUAAGGAAGAUGCUGGAAGCAUACGUGAAGAGUUGGCAGUUAAGGAACAGUCUUUAGUUGAAACAAAGAAAUAUUACAAUCAAGUAAAAGCUGUGCGAAAAGAACAGGAUGAAGUGAUUGGUCAAAUGGAGAUGGAAAUUAAAAUUCUGAAGUCAGAACUUCUAAAAAAAUCGAGAGCACCUGAAAAGUUAUCCAAGUCGAGCAAAAACAAUAUGAAUGAUCGGGUGUAUACCGAAGUUGAAAAUUUGAUGAAUUUAAAUGAAAAUGUGGUUAAGAAGCAAAAGUUGGAUGACAAUCACUUCAACAACAACGAUAUUCUGUCACCUUCUCCCACAAAAUGUAUUCAGAAGCUUGAGCUAGGUGAAUUUCCAAAGCAUAGCACGCCAAAGCACCGUUAUGGUCGUAGAGAACAAGCACUGAUACAAAUGAAAUCAGCCACCCCACGUAACUCGGCCAUGCCAUGCAAAUCUGUAACACCACGCACAGAAAAGAGGAAGAAGCCAGUGUGGAAGAAGACCCCAAGCAAAACCAGCAAUGUGAUUAAACCAUCCAAACAAGCACAAGAAGUUGAUUGGUUUGACACAGACAGCGUGUACGGAUUCUUUGGUUAGCCUAAUAUGUUUGAACUAUUUAUAUAAACUUUAUAUUGAUUAAUUUUGCUGUUCUUUUAAAUCUUUUUGGUGUUUAAUUUUUCCUGCUAUGAAAUAUAUAUAAACAAUUCUUUUGUUUAUUCUUCUCAUAAAAUAUGAUGCGCCAGUCAUUUUGGCACUCAGUAUUCAUUUUAAUUACCUAAGAAAAUGUAUCUACACUCACUGGUUUUAUAUUAGUUCUAUUUUCUGUCCAUAAUAUCACUGCCAAGUUGUGAAACUAAAUUACAAACCAACUGCCUGUAUCUAAAUUUGAAAGAAUUACCUGUAAUGAAAUUUUACCAUCGAUAUGAAAUUUUCUUUAUUUUUAUACAUUUAUUUUAAGUUUAACAUUG